AUGCAGAUCACAACUUAUCUCACCAGCGCGGCGAUCUUUGUCGCCUCUGUUGCUGCCCAGUCGGCCACCACCACCGGCUCCGGCUCCGCAUCCACGUCGACCUCCAGCAGCGAUGUCAACAGCAUCGUCAGCCAGCUCCCCCAGUGCGCCCUGACCUGCCUCAGCGAGACCGCAAGCGACAUCGGCUGCAGCGCCUCCGACCUGACCUGCCUGUGCUCCAAGCAGUCGCAGCUCAUCUCCUCCAUUGGCCCGUGCAUCCUCCUCAAGAGCGGAUGCUCGUCCGACGAGCAGAACCAAAUCAGCUCCAUCGCAACCAACCUCUGCACCGACGUCAGCUCCGCCGACUCGAGCGACCUUGCCUCGGCGUCCAACUACAUCAACUCGGCCCUGGCCACCGGGGUCACCGCGACCGCCAGCGGCUCCUCGGCUAGCAGCACGGCCACCAGCGCGAGCGGCAACGCUGCUGCCAGGACCGAUUCGCCCAUCGCAGGCAUGGGUGUCAUGGGCGCCGCCGCGGCGCUGGCUGUCCUUGCUCUCUAG